AUGUCGGACUGCAGGGUGGACAUCUCCGUUCUCAUGGACUUGAGCAUGUCCAUGACUUCGGCGAGGGAUGAAAUUGUGGGGUCCUCUGAGGACGAACCAUGCUCAGGAGACACAGACGCGACGGACCUGGGUCAGGAGCACAGCUCACGGUUGGCUGACCGUGAGCUCAAGGAGAUGCUGCUGAAGAAGUACAGCGGCUGUCUCAGCUGGUUGCGGUCCGAGUUCCUGAAGAAGAGGAAGAAAGGGAAGCUACCGAAGGACGCUCGGUCGGUCCUGAUGGACUGGUGGAACACCCAGUACCACUGGCCGUACCCUACGGAAGAGGAUAAGGUGAGGCUGGCGGCGAUGACUGGGCUAGACCCGAAGCAGAUCAACCAGCGGAAGCGGCACUGGAAGCCUUCGGAGGACAUGCGGUCCGCGCUCAUGGAGGGCGUCACCGGCGGCGGGUCCUCCUCCGGGACGAGGCUGUACUUCGACAUGGGCAUAAUCAGGCCAUGA